AUGUUUGUAUUGGACUAUGAGAUUUUAGGGAUGCGCAGCUUGCGCAGCUUGCGAGUUUUCCAAGUCUCGUCCGCUCACGCCUUGACCCGCGGAACGCCACUGCACCUGGCAGCGCAGGAGGGCCGCGAUGAGGUGGUCGCGCUGCUGCUGAAGUCCGGCGCCUCCGUGGAGGUGAAGAGCCCUCUCGGCCAUACGGCGCUGCAUCGGGCGGCUCUGGGAGGCCAGGCCGCCGUGGUCGAGCAGCUGAUCUCUGCGGGGGCCACGGUGGACGCGGGCGACAACAACGGCGAGACGGCGCUGCAUUGGGCGGCUCGGGACGGCCGUGGCGCCGUGGUCGAGCAGCUGAUCUUUGCGGGGGCCCAGGUGGACGCGGCCGACAAGUACGGCUGGACGGCGCUGCAUUUUGCGGCUCGGAAAGGCCACGCCGCCGUGGUCGAGCAGCUGAUCUCUGCGGGGGCCACGGUGCACGCGGUCGACAACGCCGGCCAUACGGCGCUGCAUCGGGCGGCUCUGAUAGGCCACGCCGCCGUGGUCGAGCAGCUGAUCUCUGCGGGGGCCACGGUGGACGCGGCCAGCAAAAACGGCCAAACGCCUUACGACUGGGCCAAGGAGGAGGGCCACCGCCAGGUGAUGGGCCUCCUGCGCCCAGUCUUUGUGGCUUUGCUGAGGGGCCGAAGCUGCCGUUGCGAUCCUUCACAGGACCGCACUGUGUUGGAGUUGAAGGAAGAAGCGGAGAAAAAGCUCGGCGUCAAGAUUAAACACAUCAUUGGACAAAACCACGAGCCAUUGGAUGAACGCAUGGAGCUUGCUGCAGCGCACAUUGUGCCGGGCAAUACAUUGACCGCCGUGAUUUCAGAAGAUGAAAUUGAAGAGGCACAUCCUGAAGCACAGGCCGCCUGGGGGGCAGAGGUGCUACUUGGGGGUGACAGCUUCGAAAUCAAGGACUUCGGGCACGGCAUUCGCCUGAUGGCGCAGCAGUCCAUCUUUACCGAGUUUAACAUAAAGAUGGACGUGCUGGAAAACUGGAGCGACUUGAAGAACGUCUCAGUCCUGGAGCAGGCACUGCCUGCUGGCCACGUGCCCCUGGCUCGACUCCUCCGGCUCACUCCGGAAGAUCGACCCUUUCCAACACCGGUGCAGGUGGAGGUGCCGACCUGUGCUGGUGCCGAAAUCUUGUGGAGAUCAACGACAGCUGGAUGGGAGAAACUGGAAACCGCCUCUUUCGAGGAGACCCGAACAACGGUGGAACUGGACCACUUUUGCGAGCUUGUCAUCACUGGGAAGUGUCGUCCACUCAAGGGGCUUGGAUUCCUCCAUCCGCGCGGUGAGAACGCACAGGUGGUCGUAAUGCACAUAGGCUGCGAGUCAUGCGAGGACGGCUUGGAGCUGCUUUGCUCAGACCCAGAUAUGCUGCAACACUUCCGGAGAUGUUCUCCCAACCUUCAGCUGGGAACCUUUCGCCAUGAUGAAGACCUCGAAAUCAAGCAGCCUGGCCGAACAUCAAAGAUGAAAAUCCGGUUCCACCGCAUGCCGCUGAUGUCCUGUGAGCUGGAUGCCCAGUCCCGGCAACACUUUGAUGUGGAGAUCGAGGGCGUGAACCACUGCUUUAAGAUCCGGCCAGAAGAGGCAACAGCUGCAACAGCUGCAACAGCCGCAACAGCUGCAACUGCAGGGCCUGGACUUAAGCCGCAUUCAGCUGGAUCUGCGGAGGCAUCGUCAGCUGCCUUGACCGGUAACAUGGAAUCAUCAGCAGCACCGGCACCCACUGGACCAGCGCCACGGAGACCCUGCGGAAUCUGCAGACGAAGGGCCAACUUCAAGGCCGUUGCCACGUACACGCAGCCAGUUUCGGUGGUGGUGGCAUCGACAGAUCGAGGGCAUUUAAUGCUCAGCGGACGCUUCAACAGUGAUGCGAUUGUCGCGUACAUGAAGGAAGUGAAGAGUCAGCUGGAUACCAGAAAUGUCCCUGUAUUCAUGGUCGAUGCGUCAACUGGCCAAGAUUUUGGCCAAAUGACAUGGGAAGGAUUGUACUGUGCCAAAGGCAUGGUAGCUUUCUGCACCUCAGAGUACGGUGCUUAUACUGGUGUGGGCUAUGAAACGUUCUAUGAACUCGAGUUCGCUCACCAGAAUCAGUUGCCCUUGUUUCCCAUCAGGCUAUGCGACCAGUGGCCACCAGCACCACAGAACAACGAACGAGGCACUUGCCAAAAUAAAUUUGUGUUCAAGAAAAGCCUCGUAUUCGCAGAAGAUCGGCAGAUGACCAACGCCAGAGGCGUUGCUGAUAAGAUUGCUGAAUCUGUCGCGCGCUUGGGGAUCUUCCGAAAUUAGAGGCAGCUG